AUGGCAGUCAAUCUUUUACUCCUUGCUUUCCUUCUCUUCUGUUUCAUGGUACUCAAAAUUCUCAAAAGACCCUCUGGGAAAAAUUCAAGAUUGAAUCUUCCGCCCGGGCCUAAUCCACUGCCUAUCAUAGGAAACAUACAUCAACUUUUUGGCUCCCCAAACCCAUUGUAUCACUUGCUGAGAGACUUGGCAAAAGAAUAUGGCCCAUUGAUGCACCUCAAGCUUGGUGAGACGUCAAACAUCAUUGUCACUUCAGCCGAAAUGGCCAGAGAGAUUUAUAAAACACAUGAUAUCACAUUUGCUUCAAGACCCUCUCAUCAUCCCGCAUUCAAGAUUGUUUCUUAUAAUUUCGCUGAUAUCAUGUUCUCCCCCUAUGGAAAAUAUUGGAGAGAAUUACGAAAAAUCUGCAACAUGGAACUUCUUAGUGCAAAAUCCGUGCAAUCUUUCCGAUCAAUUAGAGAAGAUGAGGUGUUCGAUGUAAUUAAAUCGAUUUCUUCACAAAAGGGAUCAAUUAUGAAUCUAACCAGAAGCAUUUUCUCUCUCACUUAUAGCAUCACCAGCCGCUCAGCAUUUGGCAAAAGAAACGAAGACACAGAAGAAUUUAUACAACUUCUAGAUGAAACCAAUGGUUUAGCAACAGGGUUUAGCUUAGCUGAUAUGUAUCCUUCUGUUAAGUUGUUUCAAGUGAUGGCUCCGAUGAGAUUUAAGUUGGAGAAAGCACACAAGGAGAGUGAUAAAAUACUUGAAAAUAUUCUCAAUGAGCAUAAAGGGAACAGCAAGGAGGCAAUACAGGGGGGUGGAGAAUGCAAGGAGGAUCUCGUUGAUGUUCUUGUCAAUAUUCAGAAACGCGGGGACUUUGAACCUCAGCUAACUGAUACAAACAUCAAAGCGAUCAUGUUGUGUGGCAGUUUUGUAGAGGUGUAUAACACAUCUCUAGAGGUGUAUAACCCAUCUUUUUCACCUUCACCUUCAUCUCUCGAGCGGAAGUACCCAUUACCCAGUACAAAUUUAGCCAGAAGCGGAGUGUUUGUGCGGGAAAAAUCUUCUUGGUGGGUUUAUUCAAAAUUGCGCAACGGAAGUGCGCAACAUGGAAGUGCUGAAACUGCAGGUUCACCUUUGGAUUCCUACACUCUUGCAGACGCAACACGGAAGUGA